AUGUCCACUAGAGCAGCAAUAUACGGAUCAGCGGCCUCAAAACGGGGCACCGCUCACCUUAUCAAGUCCUUCCAGAGCUACAAUGCCGGACUUCGACCCACCUUCAUCGUGACCCAACACUUCAAGACUUCAAACGCUAGACGAAGCUUUUCUUCUUCGCCCAGUGGUGAAGCCAAGAUCAAAGAGUUUUUUGAGAAGCAUCCGACAGAGAAAGUUCGCAAAACGCAGGCAGCAUGGCCACAUCCAGUAUACACAGAAGAGCAGAUGAACCAAGUCAUCGUUGCUCACCGUGAAGCCAAGACCAUGUCCGAUAAAGUUGCUUUGAUCGCCGUCAAGGUCCUACGCUGGGGUCUCGAUAGGGUGACAGGAUACAAGCACCCAAAGCCUGUGGAUGUGGAUGCCAAAGACCCAGUGGCAGCAAGAAAGCAGUUCGCCAUGACGGAAGAGAAGUAUUUGAUUCGGAAUGUCUUCUUAGAGAGCGUUGCAGGCGUUCCUGGCAUGGUAGCCGGUAUGCUACGCCACCUGCAUUCUAUGCGGAGGAUGAAGCGAGACAAUGGAUGGAUCGAGAGCCUACUAGAAGAAAGCUACAACGAGCGUAUGCACCUGCUUGUGUUCCUGAAGAUGCAACGCCCUGGACCCUUUAUGCGCCUCAUGGUACUUGGAGCACAAGGUGUAUUUUGCAACGCCCUGUUCUUCGCCUACCUCCUAAGCCCUCGCACUGUCCACCGCUUCAUUGGAUACCUUGAAGAGGAGGCAGUCAUCACAUACACGCGUCAGAUCAAAGACCUUGACGAAGGCCGUCUUCCCAAAUGGGAGAAGAUGGAAGCACCCGAGAUUGCGGUUGAUUACUGGCAGAUGCCAGAGGGUCACCGCACAAUGCGCGAUCUGCUUCUCUACAUCCGCGCAGAUGAAAGCAAGCAUCGAGAAGUCAACCACACCUUUGGUAACCUCGACCAGAAGGAGGAUCCCAACCCCUACGUUAGCGAGUAUCGGAAUCCGGAAGUGCCACACCCAACAAAGGACCUUGCGCAUCAAAAGCCAACCGGCUGGGAACGACACGAGGUCAUCUAG